AUGAAAAAUUCUAAUGAUACUUCGGCAUCUAAUAUAUCUGAUAAUAUUUCAAAUUCUGAUGUUGCUUCUGAACGAAUAGAAAAUAGUUCCGAUAACACACCCGAUUUUGAUCCAUACCAGGAAAAGGAUAGCCGAUCUUUCACAUCCCCUAUUCCUAUAGGAACUUUAUUAUCGGAAGAGAAAGAAAUUAACGAAUUUUUGGAAUUACGGGAAAAGGAGAGGGUUAGUAAUAUGGCAAGAGAAAGAAAUAUGGAAAAGAAGAUUUGCCGAGGGCAACAAUUGGUACGAAAAACAUCUUCCUCUUCUGAUACACAAAAUGCAAUUUCUACUGAGAUAAAUCCUAUUAUUGAAAUUACCCAUGAUCAUAAAACUACCCGAUUAGAAUCAAUGCCUACUGAUCAAGCACAAAAUACCGGAAUCAAAAUUCCAUAUAACAAAAGAGUAGAGCAAAUCUUAAGACACGAUUUAUCUGUGUUUAUUAAAGAAAACAAUAAUAAUAAAGUUAGUGAUGUAUUUGAUAUACAAAUUCCUGAAUUCUCGCUAGAAGUAAUUAUAACAGGAUCUAGCAAAAUUACAGCACAAAAUAUAGCUGAUUUAUUUGUUAUAGCAAUGAAAGUUAGACAAAAAGAGAUUUUAUGCUGGUAUUGUUACUAUAAAGCAUAUGAGAAUCGAACCGAAGACAUUAAACAUCUAAAUGUCAAAAAAAUGAUCGGCGUUACAAAUUGUAACGCGCAUGUGAUUGAACAAUCUAACUUAAAUGAUGUAAAUAAGAAAUCUUUACCGGAAACGGAGUUAGACGUUCCAACCACUUCCUCUAUCCCAUCAUUUCAUACUUCUAAUUCGGAAGAUAUGAUAAGUGAGGAUAACAAAUCUUUACCAAAGACUGAGGAUAUCCAGCUUCGCAGACAAUAA